AUGGGGGCGCCGCUGACCAUGGGUGCUGAUACUGAGCUACUAACUGACACUGCAAAGCUUUACAAGGCCGCAUUAGGUAAUUGUUUUGAAAUAGAUGACUGGGGCCCGAUUGAGUUCUCCAUCAUGGCAAAGCAUUUUGACAGGCAGGGGAAACCACCCUAUGCAUACCACGCUAAAUACCUGGCACAUCUCCUCUCCCAUGGGCAACUCGACGGAAGUGGUUAAAUGCAGGAUACAUUGUUGGUAGAAUCAGUGGAACAAGAAUUUCAGUAGACCUUGUACAAAAGUCUUAUCUUGCUAUAACACUGAGUUCAGACUGCGUUGGCCAACAAAUUGCAGAGCUGCAAUUUAGGCCAUCAACUGGUACAAUAUCAUACCGAAUUUGUAUGUGUCACGCAACAAUUUCUGAAAAACAUGACGCUGUCCUGUUGGAGCAUUUAACUGUGUCCUUCCGUUGUUGAAUAAUACUAUGGAUGCCAAGGCAUGUAAUGGUC